UUCCAGAGACACGGGACCCGCACCUCCCAGGAACGCUUCGUCAAGCCCAUCGCUCCGCCCCCAACCAGUUCCACGCUGCUGGCCACACCCCCAGGCCCUCACCACCCCCAGCGGCGCCCUCCGGGUCCUCCUCUUCCUCUCCUCCUCAGGAGUGACUAAUUCCUUGCCGCCCAGCCAUCCCCUCCACCUCCUCCCCCUGUGCCGCCCCCCAGCUGCCUCCCUCCCCGCAUCCACUUGCACCUCCCUCGCCUAUGGACGUCAGUCGGAACUGAUGUGCCAAAGGAAGAUGAAAGGCGAGGGCAAGCGGAGGCUGCAGCAGUCUGAGAUCUAAGUGUAGUUUAUUUCCAUUUAUGUUUUACUCAUCUUUUUUCCUUUUUAUUUUUUCCCUUUUUUUCUCAUUUCAUUGUCAUUAUUAUUAUAUAUAUAUUUUUUUCUAUAGUUAUACUAGCAAACUCCUAUUCUCUCUGAUAGUCUCGACAUCUUAUUACAUCUGUUUCCUCUCUGACAACCCUUUUGUUUUAUGAAGAUUUUUUUUUUUUUUUCUAUGUCUAAUUAAUUAUUUUUACAUGAUAGCUUGUUGUGACAAUUGUGAUACUGGCGGCAUAUAUAUUUAAAGUGCGAGGGUGGGGACUAUGAAUCAAGCUCUUUAUCCCCCUUAGCCAACAAGGAACACUAGAGUAGGGAGUCUGUAGAAAAAAGCAAUAGGAGAAUACAUAUAAGAAAAGGUAUUCAUGUAUGCCAGUUAGUCUUGUAACGCUCUUCUAUUAUUAUUAUUAUUAUUUUUAUUAUAUAUUUCUUUUAACUAUUUGUUUUGAUUGCUUUAUUUUUAGUGUAACUGUUGUUUUCUUUCUUUAUUUAUUAUUCUAUUUUUUAUUUUUCAAUUACAAAUAUUUGCAGAUGGCUUGCAGUCAUAUCAAGGCAGUUAAUGGGUUUGUUAAAUGAGCCUAAUUUGUGAUAUAUGAAUUACACUGUAAUGAUGAUGGUGACAAAGAGAUUGAUGAUGAUGAUCAAUAUGGAAUAAAAAAGAGAAGAAAAAAAAAGAAAAAAAGAGGACAAAAAAAAAAUUCUAACUGAAAGGAAAUAAUAAACCAGUAUUGGUAGUUUUUGGUUCUCGCACAUCCUGUUCCGAACGUUUGAUAACUUGUCAGUAGUUGGAUGUAAUGAAACUUUCUUUUUCCGGUGAUGUGAAGCAAUUAAAGUACCUCUGUAUCACUGCUCUAGGGUUCCACGCAUGGUCACGCCAAUGAAUAGUCUGUGGCUGUAAAGGCUUUUAGGUUUUCAUUUCCUUUCAGUUAGAUUGUUUCAGAGUUGGACGGUUAAUGAGUCUGACAUAAAAAACACGAGUGAUAUUACUUUUUUCUGUGCGUUUAGAUUGCUCUAACAUAUUUUUUCUUAUUUGUAAGUUAGGUACACAGAUCUAUUUAGAAAUUCUUGUAUUUUCAUCCAUGAGUGGGUUAAGGGCUCUUAACCAGUUGCCUGAGAAAGUAAAACACUGUCUCCUUUUAUGGGUCUUGUUCUUUUUGUUUUAUUAUUAUCAUAACUUAAUAUUAUUAUUGUUAUCAUUAUUGACCUUUUUUCAUUAUUACUUUUAUUUUUGUCUUUAUUUUGAUUUCUUUGUUACCCACUCAGAAUUGCAUCAUGUUUCAGCUAACAUGUUUGAAAUGAUAGAAUUCAGAUACAUGCUCAAAAAGUCAACUUUUUUUCCCCUCUUUUUUCACUCACUUUCUUACAUUAUGUCUCUUUCUUUUUUUUCUCUCUCCCUCUCUCCUGUCCUUUCUCUUUUCCUAUGGUAUUAAUGUAUGCAACUUGCUCCCCCCCCCCCCCACCCCCACCCCCAACCCCAUGAAAAAACGAAGUUGGAAGGCAUAAUGCUUAUAAACAGCAUAUACAGAUUUUAGUUUCAUUCAGGCUUUUUCAUUUUGGUGAAAUCUCCAAUGUUUUUUUAAGCCAUAAUUGCCGUUACAGCCACAGUUUCUCUUUUCUCUCUCUCUUUCUCUUUCUCUCUUUUUUCUCUUAUUUUUUUUCUAUUAUUGUUUUUCUAUCUCUUAUUUUUUUCCAUCUUAUUUUUUUCUAUCUUAUUUUUUUCCAUCUCUUAUUUUUUUCCAUCUUAUUUUAUUUUUUUUCUAUCUCUCUCUCAACAAAACAGGAGAGUUGGGAGAAUUGAAAUGCUUUAUAAUGACAGAGGAUGAAAUGCUAUGGCUGACUUUGUGAAUACUGUUACUGAUUGUUAAGAGUUGUUGGGUAUAAUAUCUGAAUUGUAAAAGUUGUUUCAAUAAGUAUAGGAAGGUAGAUUGAUUUUCAGUUACUCCCUGUUUGAAUUUUGAGAAUCCAGUUAAAAAAAGUGAUUUGUAAAUAGCAGACUUUUGGUUUUACUUAAUUAAAUAUUAGAAAAUAUAUUUUUCUAUAGUGUGUGUGUACAUGCAAGUGAGUAUGGAUGUGCAAACGAAUGAGAGAAAGGAUGUGUGCAUAUGUGAAAGUAAAUCAAUGUGUUAGUGAGGGAGUGAGUGAAGGAGCAUGUAUGCAUGUAACAGACAUUCGAAAGUCAGUCAUUUCAAUUAAAGGAAGCUCCUCAAUGUUGGAGUAAGGUAAAGAAUAUUCUCUGUCAUAUUUGAAUAACCUAUAACUUAGGUUUCUGUGGUUUAUUCAAGGCUUUUGUUAUGUUGUUAGUUUUUUUCUGGGAACUUGUAGACUGCAAAUUCUCCUGAAGAGACAAACCUCCGACCCAGAAAAAAGAGAAAGAUUAAUGCUUUAUUUCAUAUACAUAGCAGAGUUUUUAAAUAAUUGCAACUUGCAUAACUGUUAUUCCUGUACACCUGUAUUGCACAGAUAAGCAUGGUGACUUAUUGAGCAUUAUUAACUUGUGAUAUUGAUGUUUUAUAUUGGUUGAAUUUGUCAUCCAGAUUUUUAGAUAAUAAAAAUAUACAGAAUGGUGUAGACUAUACCCUUUAAUAAGAGUAAUUCAGAAACUAUUCAGAUGCAAACUUGUUGAUACCUAAGCAAAUGCAAGACAGCCUUUCUGUACAAAGAUUUCACUGUUUGGAAUAUUAACAUGUAGAAGGUCUUAUAAGCUUCAAGCUGCAUAAUUGCGGCAGCUCCGUGACUAUUCGGAUGUUUCUAAGUUGCACGUAAGUCUGUAUGAAUAUUUUUGUUAUUUAGGCAUCUUGGUUGCUAUUGUGCUUAGCUAUUAAUUCAGACCUCAAGAGAAGUCAUGGUAAAAAGUUGUUAAAGUUAAGAGCAGUUACUGUAAUAUGUUAUUGCAAAUUGUGUCAAAUUGAUAUUGCAAAAUGGAAUGUGUAUGAUAAAUUAAUAAAUUUUUCUAUUGCUUUGAA